CCAAGCCUCAGGCUCGAGAUGAUUUAUGAAUCAUGGUGAUAACUUAGUCUUAUUAAACGUUAAGGCGACUGCCGUAUGUUCAGAAUCUACCGUAGAUGGCUGGAACGAGAGCAAGUGAUCAGCACAGGAGCAAUGCCCACCCGCAGUGUAUGCAAAGGUUCUGUUUCAAUCUGUCAGCAACUAAUCUAGCUUUUCCCAUCAUCAAGCCCUCCGCCGCUAGAGAGGGGUCCAUUAUUUUAGGGCCGGUCGCUGAUGCACGUUGAUUGUCCUCUACGUCCAGAACAAUUGGAGCUGCAGCGUUUGCUGAGUCCGUUACAAUGAGAUCUUUCCAAACUAGAGCAGCAACUCAUACUGGGCUUAUUCCUUCUUCCACCGCAAUCUGGUCAGCCAACGAGGGACAUGCAUUCUGUGCUUUCUUUGGGAGCCAGGACAAAGGUGCCGAGCAGCUCAGGGGAUUGACCGGUCUGCAUAGGGGGCUUGCGGCAGAAAAGACCGCUCUCAAUUCGUGGACAACUGUGAUGUCCUUUAAGGGUGCUAGUACCAGAGCUUUUGGUACUUUUAGUUCCACACAGACUUCAGCCAAUGAUAGAGAAUUCGAGGCUUUGAAAAGGCGAACAAGGGCCACUUUCUCAGCUUUGUCCCUAUCUGAUGGGCAGAAUCGCUCAGCAUUGGUAGAGCAAGAUCGGACCCAACCUCAGUCCUCUGAGAAGGAUGCCACCACCGAGAUGGUAGUAUUGAGCGAUCGGCUGAUGACAUUGCCCAAUUCUUCCUCUGGACAGAAACCUUCCACAGUUGGCCAGCCAGCACGCAAGAGAAAGAGAGUCCGGCGGAAAGACGGGAUUUCAGCUCCGAAACUGAAGUCGGCUGGAGAGGAAAGCAGGCCGGUGUUGACCCUAGAAAAGGAAAAAGCGGCCGUAAAGAUGUUUACGAUGAAGUUGCAAGCGCUCGCACCAGACUCCCCUCCAGAGGCAAUUCCUCCCCUGGUUAACGACUUGGGUUUCGCCCUAACCCCAUACCGAGCAAACCUGGUUUUGUGUCAGCUUGAAACACGGCGGCGUUGGCAGCAUGCCCUGCUUCUUGUCCGGUGGAUGGAGGGGCAAUUAAAACACCCCCCUGUAAAGGACACGUAUGCCAAGCUGUUUGCAAUCCUGGCGGCCGCAGGAGAGCACGAGAAGGUCGCCGACUGCUACCGCGUCCUGAAACGCCGUUCCAACCUCAAGCCCGACCACCGGAACCUCUUGCGGAUCUUCGGGCAGGGGGGCUGCCUGCAGGCCGCGCGGGAACUUCUAGACGACCUCCGGAGCCGGGGGAUCCCCCUGGACGUCACCGCUUACAACCACGCGAUCAACGCCGCCGCUCCAGGGGGGGCGUGUUUCGAGGCGGAGGCACUUUUGGACGAGUUGGAGAGAGACGGGUUAAAGCCUGAUGGCAUGACGUUUGGGGUUAUGAUUGAGGUUAUGGGGAGGGGGGGGCGGCGGGAGGAUGCGGUGGGGUACUUUGAGCGGUACCUGGGUGCGGGGUUCGAACCGACCGUCGCAACGUACAAGAAUCUUCUGCAGGCGUUGGUGGGGGGCGGGCAAGCGGAGCUAGCGGAGAAGCACUUUCGGGAGAUGCGGGGUCGGGGCUUGGCCCCGAGCGCUGCAUGCUACUCGGCCGUCGCGUGCGCCCAUGCUGUGGCGGGAAACUGGCGGAAGGGCGUCGAGGUGAUCGAAAGCAUGCCGCUUAACGCGGCCGGCCGUCGCCCCCUCGUCAUUAGCCUUACGGGCCUCAUAGCGGCGCUCGACCGGGCGGGGCGCCUGCGUGAGGGUUUGGAGGUUUUCGAGUACAUGAAGCGGGACGCGGGCUGCGUCCCGAACGCGCUGACGUAUGCAGCUGUCGUCAGCGCGCUGGCGCGAGACGGGGAGAUCGAGAAAGCGGAGGCGCUGAUUGCGGAAAUGCGCGCCCGGGGCUUCCCUCCGAGCGUCCCCAUGUGGGGCGCCCUGCUGUGCGCAUGCGCAUCGCGCGGCCUCCACGCGAAAGUCCGCCAACUCCUGCUCGACAUGAAACGCGCCGGGUGCGAUCCCGAAGUCGGCUGCUUCGAAACGCUCGUCCAAGCGUACGCCGCCGACGGGCGGGUUAGGGAGGGGUUGGAGCUCCUGACCGGGUUUGGCGAGAGGGGGAUCCCCCUGCGGCAGAGCAUGUAUGCAGCGCUGAUGGGGGCGUGUAAGGAGGCGGGGGACGCGGGGCUUGCCAGAGAACUAUGGGCUCACGCGAUUGCCCACCUUCCUGAUCCCCCCACCCCCCGCCUUUGCGCCGCAUACAUGGAGGCUCUCCUCUCCGUAGGUUUGCCCGAGGAGGCCCUUUCCGUCUUCCGUUCCGCUCCCGAGCUGGGAACGGAACCGGACUCUCAUAUGUACGCCCUAGCAAUUGACGCGUGCAGCCAGACGGACUCGAUUCCCGAAGGGGGUAUUGGUUUACGCAGGGAGUUUGGGGAGGGGAUUGAAUAUUGGCAGUUGCCGGAGCGGACUGACGGUUCCUUCGACGAGUUUGCCUUUGGGGACGAUCCGCUAGGAGAGGAACUAGAGCGGGGAACGAAUCCUGGCGGUAGAGCUUUUGACGGCAAAGCGGUUGCUGAGACUGGAGAGGGAAAGUCGUCUGAAGCGGAGCAAGGGGUCGAGCCGGAACGCACUGCGGAAACGGAACCGGAAAGCGGCGCCGGAACGCCAGGGGUCUCGGAAGGCACUCAUUCAAUCGACGCCGCAAAUCGAGGAACAUCGGAUCGAAUUCCGGCGGAAGCUAGUGCUGCGGAAAGGAGGGACUCGAACGGAACCACUUUAGCCGGCGCAGGAAAGCCAGAGUUAUCUAGUCGGGUUGGUGUAACGACCGUUGGACAACAAGCGGUUUCCAGCGGGGUUAGCGAGACCCAAACCGGAUUCGCGCGUGCGCGCCAGCUGUACCACGAUGUCCUGGCGAGGCGGCUGCCGCUGUCGCGGAACGUUUUUCUAGCGGUUCUCCGGGUGUGCCUGAAACAUGGGGAGCUCCGGGAAGCUCUAGAGGUUCCGGACCAGAUGGCCGCGGCCGGCGUGAAAGCCGACACCCGAAUCUAUAACCACCUCCUUCUAGUUUGCAGCGCGUCGGGGAACUGGGCGGCGGGAGUUACGGUCAAGCAACGCAUGGUUAGCGAGGGGGUUAAGCCGGACUGGUACACGUUUAACGUUUGGAUCCGGUUCGCGGGGCGGUGCCAAAAAACGGAUGAAGCGGUGGCGGCGUUUGAGGAGAUGGGGGAGCUGGGGUUGGAACGGACGGUGGUGACGUGGAACGCUCUGAUUGGCGCGCUUGGGGCCGGGAAGCGGUGGCGAGAAGCGCUGGCAGCGUUUCGGAAAUUGCAGGGUUUUAACGGUGGGGUUAACGAGGCGGUCAAAGAGGAGGUUAGACUGGGGGAUAGCGAGGGCGUUAGAGGGGGAAUCAAAGGGGAGGCCAGAGAGGAGGUUAGAUUAGGGGAGCCCAGAGAAGAGGUUAUUGUUGAGGCGCGAGAGGGGGUAAGCAAAGGGUUCAGUGGGGAAGUCGGCAAGGGGCUUGGAAAGGGGCCUCGAGAAGGAAACGGAGAGCUGCUUGGAGACGUCCCUCGCAAGGAGCCUAGAGAAAGUGUUGCUGAAGGGUUCGGAGACGCUUAUAGAGAGGGUGGCAGCAAGGGGGUUAGAAAGGGGGUUAGAACGGGAGCUAGCGACCGUGUUAAGCCCUCGGUGGCGACCUACGACAUCGUGAUUCGGCUGCUCGCGCGCGCAGGGCGCGUCCGCGAGGGUUUGGAAGUUUUGGGCGAGAUGCGCGGCGCAGGUUUCCGGCCGGACGCGCGGGUCUACAACACGCUCGGCGAGGCCCUGUACGUGGGAAAAGAUUGGGAAACGUUUCUGAGAUUGGUGGAGGCGAUGCGGAAACAGGGCCUCGAGUGCAACGACGCGCUAAGCGGGCGGGUGCGGAUCGUAAAGCGGCGGCUGGCGAAACAGGGGCGGCGCGAAAGAGGGGUUGGCGAGGGCGUUUCAGCGGGGGGGCGAGACAUUGAUGUUUCGGAGGGGGGGGAAGCGGGGGCCGGAUUCAGCGGAGGUGUGUCUGGGGAAGGGCGCGAGGGGGUUUUCGAGGUUGAUGGAUCGGAAAGUGGUUCGUCCGAGGGAAGAGGAUCCACGUUGGAUUCUGCACAAGAUGGAAACAGAACGAGACUCUUGGGGGACCUAGAUGCGGGAGAGGACGACCAAGGCACGGCGCCGCCAGGGACUGACACGUGGCAGUCCCUGGCGGACGAGGGCGAUGAAACGGACGGCGGGGACGAGUUUGACAGCCGCAGGGUUGCGAGGAGGGGCGUGGACUGGCGCAGGGUGACCGGGGUACCGUACCGGGCACCCCGAGAGGUUGUGAAAAGGCGACGGAGACGAGCUAGAGUUGCGGGCCGAAAGAUCAAGGAGUGGGUGCAUCACACGGGGAGGGGGACGAGUCAGGACUUGGUCAAGUUGCUAAGUGGGGAUUUGGGAAACCUGGAUCGCGUUGCGCGGGAGCGAUCGGAGUCGCGGUAUGUCGAUCGGUUUGGAAGUAGGGCCCCUGAUGAGGAGGAUCGAGUUGAGGGGGAUUGACCGUUGGGGGCGUAAGCGCGCGCAUCUCAGACUGACCGGACGGUGUGAAGGUAAUAAGCCAUGCAUGCCAGUACGUUGCUCAUAUAACCUGUUGUGAGUUCCAGCUCCAGCAGAAGCUCUAAGCUCAGCUCGGCCUUAAGCCCUUGUUCUGACAUUAAUGACGGCGAUCAACUCAUCAUAAGUGCUCGCAGGCAUUGGUCUUCCAAU